AUGGAGGAAGGCAACAGAACUGGUGGUAGUGGCAGCGGCAGUGUGGGCACCAUCGAGGAGGAUGCAUUACAUCUCGAGCAAAGCUGCGACCUCUCCAAAAGCACAUUUGCACAUCUCCAGGACCUGAAGGAGCAGAAACACACAGGAAGUCAUGAUUUUCUGCAUUCUUGCUGUGAACGCCAUGAACGCCCAUACAGUUGUGAUGUCUGUCAGAAGAGGUUCACGAGGAGUGGCAACUUAAUGAAUCACUUGGCAGUGCAUGUUGCUGAGCGUCCAUACAGCUGUGAUGUCUGCCACAAGACAUUCAAGCAAAAUGUGAGCCUGAUGCGACACCAGAAACUGCAUGCAAGGUGCCAGGGAGCAGUAAGCAAACCCCCUAGCAGCAGUAACUGUGGCAGCAGCAGCAACAGCAGCAGGUCCAACAGCAGGGCUGCUAACACUGCCCUCACCUGGAAGGUCUACAGAUGCAGUUUCAAUGGCUGCCACAAAGCGUACGGCAAGAGUUCGCAUCUGAAGGCCCAUCUUCGGAUACACACAGGGGAACGGCCAUUUUCGUGCACGUGGUCUGGUUGUGGCAGGAGGUUCACCCGCUCGGACGAGCUGACGCGCCACUCUGUCACCCACACUGGCGAGAGGAACUUCUGCUGCCCAAUCUGUGACAAGAAGUUUGUGCGCAGUGACCACUUGAGCAAACAUGUCCGUAGGCAUCAAACUUACGACCCGUCAGAACUGCGAUGGCGACUACCACCUCAAAAGGCAUGCGCCAUCAAUUCCAGUGACAGUACACCAUCUGAGGUGCUGUUUGAUGGAGUGCCAUCACCCUAG